CAUUUGUUCUGAAUGAAUGCUGUCUUGUUCGAGCAAACGAGCAGACCGCCUCUUCCUGUUACGUGAUCACAGACAUCCAAUUUGCCAUCGUCUCACUCAAAACUUGAUCGAUGCAUGAGGCAAGAUUACACGCAGUUGCACCGCGCUCCGAGUCGCUAGCGAAUGCAUCAGGUCUGCUUUAUGAGACCCAAUACAAGCCUUGACCUUCCAGCAGUGAUCGGCCAUGCGAUAAGAGAUUCGUGUGGUUAGCACAAAGACAUCCCUCCACCACGCUGUUCCUCAUAACCUUAAGCAGGGUCGAAGGCGCAGGAGGCAGCCACGAUGGGCACCCGCGUGGCGGCGCACUGCCCGGACAAGAGCCUGGCGGGCGUGCCGCGCCUGCUGGAGGACCUGCAGCGCCUGGCGGACGACCACGAGUCGGCCGACGUGGUGUUCCUGGUGGGGCGCGAGGAGGCGCCCGUUUACGCGCACCGCGUCGUCCUCAUGGCCAGAUGUAAAAGUUUCCAAACAGCGAAACGAGGUGAAAUAUGCCGUAUUCCUGGAUGCACAGUGUCACCAAGUGUUCCUGGAUCUCCUACUCCUAUUCGAUUACCACAUUUUCAGCCAGAAACCUUUCGGCAGUUCAUUAUAUAUGUUUACACAGGAAAGAUCAUUCUUCAAGAUAACGGAGUGUUUGAAAUGUUGACAGUAGCUCAGGAACUUGGUGUUGAUGAAUUACGCAUAAGUUGUGAAGAUCAUGUUACAUCCACUCUCUCUGUUCUUAACGCAUGCACUUUCUUGGCAGCAGCAAUGGAAAUUCAAGAAAGAGCAUCAGGAGGGAAGAAUGCCAAGACUUUUGUGGAUCGAUGUAUAUCUUACAUUGGAGAUAAUGCAAUUGAAUGUGUCAAGACUAAUUCAUUCCUUAAUUUGCCCAAAGAUGCUUUAGUAAAACUAAUUUCAUCUGAUUAUUUGGCUCUUGAAGAAGAGGAAGUUUGGAGAGCAGUGCUUAGUUGGGCUAAAUACCAAGCUGGUGUUACUCAACCAACAGCUCACUGGACUGAAGAGGAACGUGCACGUGUUUGCCAACACCUGGCAGGUGUUAUUGGGCAUGUUCGACUUUUGUUGAUUGACAGUCAAGUCUUUGCUGAAGAAGUGGAACCUACAGGGGCUGUGCCUAUGGAGUUAUCUCUGGAGAGGUAUCGAUACGCAGCCCUCCCAAAUAAGUUUCGGGAGAACUGUGAAGACAAAAGACUUCAGCCACGAGUGUCAUUAAAACUCUUUCCAGGAUCACAAAUAUUAGAAAAAACUUCCUACCAGCGAAUUCUAAAUACCUGGUAUGGUACAUCCAAACAAGUGUGGAGGUUGGUGUACAGAGCAUCCAGUCAUGGGUAUUCAGCAGAAUCAUUUCAUCGCCAUUGUGAUGGUGUUGCUCCAACUUAUGUUAUUGUCCUGGGACCACGUGGAGAAAUUUGUGGAGGGUUUAGUGAUGUACCAUGGGGUAAAACUAAUACAAAAGGUCACUAUAUUCCCUCAGAAAAGGCUUACCUUUUUACUCUGACCAAUACUCAAGAUGUACCACCCACGAAAUAUGAGAUUGUCAAAAAAAUGUUUGCAAUUUGCUAUCAUCCUGAUUGUGGGCCAAUAUUUGGAGCUGGGGCAGAUUUACUUAUUGCCAGUAAUUGUAACACCAACAUGGACAGCUACAGUAAUCUCCCUCAUUCUUAUGAUGGUGAUAGUGCUUCCUGCACUGUCCUCAUGAGCGACUACAACUUUUCAGUUGUAGAUUAUGAAGUGUUUACACCAAUUGGUAAAUAAUAUUUCAAGAGCGAAAAUAGUUCAAGGAUGGUUGUUUGAAAAUUGUUUUACAAUGACUUACAUUUUUGUUUUAAAAAAAUUUGUGUCAAGUGCUUCAAUAGAGCACAGAGUUAAAUGGAAACAAAUUAAUUUAGUGAACUUUUACUAGUUUACAUCAGUAUUAAUUAUAUUUUUCUCUCAAAAUGUGAUCAUCAAUGAAGAUACGAUUGUGAAGAAACUAUUUUAUUGUAAAACAUAUUUUAGGACAAUAGGGAAAAUAAAUUAAUUCCUUCUUCAGUGAGUAAAAGAG